CAGAAGACUUCCAAACCCAAGAACUUCACUCUCCUGGAAACCCACCCAGAUCCUCCAACUUCUGACACCAUGGUCAACUCUUGUUGUGGCUCCGUGUGUUCUGACCAGGGCUGUGGCCAAGACCUCUGCCAGGAGACCUGCUGCCCUCCCAGCUGCUGCAGGCCCCAGUGCUGCCAGUCUGUGUGCUGCCAGCCCACCUGCUGCCGCCCCAGCUGCUGUCAGACCACCUGCUGCAGGACCACCUGCUGCCGGCCCAGCUGCUGUGUGUCGAGCUGCUGCAGACCCCAGUGCUGCCAGUCUGUGUGCUGCCAACCCACCUGCUGCCGCCCCAGCUGCUGUGUGUCCAGCUGCUGCAGGCCCCAGUGCUGCCAGUCUGUAUGCUGCCAGCCCACCUGCUGCCGCCCCAGCUGCUGUCAGACCACCUGCUGCAGGACCACCUGCUGCCGGCCCAGCUGCUGUGUGUCCAGCUGCUGCAGACCUCAGUGCUGCCAGUCUGUGUGCUGCCAGCCCACCUGCUGCCGCCCCAGCUGCUGUCAGACCACCUGCUGCAGGACCACCUGCUGCCGCCCCAGCUGCUGCAUCUCCAGCUGUUGCCAGCCCACCUGCUGCCGCCCCAGCUGCUGUCAGACCACCUGCUGCAGGACCACCUGCUGCCGCCCCAGCUGCUGCAUCUCCAGUUGCUGCCGGCCCAGCUGCUGUGUGUCCAGCUGCUGCAGACCUCAGUGCUGCCAGUCUGUGUGCUGCCAGCCCACCUGCUGCCGCCCCAGCUGCUGUCAGACCACCUGCUGCAGGACCACCUGCUGCCGCCCCAGCUGCUGCAUCUCCAGCUGUUGCCAGCCCAGCUGCUGCCGCCCCUCUUGCUGUGAAUCCAGCUGCUGCCAGCCCACCUGCUGCCGACCCAGCUGCUGCCGCCCCUCUUGCUGUGAAUCCAGCUGCUGCCGCCCCUGCUGCUGCCUGCGUCCAGUCUGUGGCCAAGUCUCCUGCCACACCACUUGCUAUCGUCCAACCUGUGUCAUCUCCACCUGCCCCCGCCCCAUGUGCUGUGCCUCCUCUUGCUGCUGAGCCCUGACUCACCUCUCCCUUCACUGCUGGCCCACAGAUGUAGACCCUUCUUCUGUGCUGACCAUUAGGACACAUGGAGUGGGAUUAAUGUCAUUCAAUAGGAUGGACUUCAUGUUUCCAAUGAGCCCAUAACCAUUUCACUAAUUCCCUGAGAACAUUCUGGUUCAUUUUAAACUCCCUCCCCUGCUUUCUUUUCUUCCAGUGGUGGCAACAAGUACAAAUUAAUUGUAAUCCACUAGCUGUGAAAUUAUUCCGAUCCUCUAAAUUCUUCAUAUUCUUUAUCACUUUGAGGCUAUAGAUUCUCCUUCUCAGUGAGGUAGACAUUACCUGCAGGACCAGUAUUUUCACUGAUGUUGCACGCUCAGACCCAGGCGUCCAGUUAUAUUGUUUUCCUGUGAGUGUGACUUUCUUAUGUUUUGUUGCAUCUCUGCUUUCUAAUAAACUUUUCUGCACAUAAGAA